AUGGCUAAACGAAAGGUGGACUUUGAAAACAGGUGUUUUCAAGACAGGUGGGAGGCACAGUAUAUGUUUGCGGAUGUAAAGGGCAAAGCUGUGUGUCUCCUGUGCGGAGACAGUGUGUCUGUAAUGAAAGAAUACAACAUAAGAAGACACUAUGAAACGAAGCACCACGACAAAUACAAGCAUCUGGACACGACACAAAGGCUACAGAAGGUAGAAGAGUUAAAAAGAAGUCUGGUGUCACAGCAGGCUAUGUUCACUAAAGCCAAAUCACAAAGCGAGGCUGUUGUUAAUGCCAGUUUUAUUGUGGCAGCAGAGGUUGCAAAAUCAGCCCGGCCCUUUACCGAGGGGGAAUUUGUCAAAAACUGCAUGAUUAAAGUUUGCGACGCCGUGUGCCCAGAAAAAUGGCAAGCAUUUUUAAAUGUGAGCCUCAGCCGAAACACUGUUCCUGACCGUGUGCGUCACCUUGCUGCCAAUCUCCAACAACAGCUUGUGAGAAAGGGAAACAAUUUCAUCGCAUACUCCCUUGCUGUGGAUGAGAGCACCGACACUUCUGAUACUGCCCAGCUGUCAAUUUUCAUCCGUGGAGUGGACUCAAGCCUGUGCGUAACAGAAGAGUUUUUGGGAUUACAAUCAAUGCAUGGCACAACUAUGGGGAAAGAUAUCUUUGAAGAGGUGUCCAGAUGUGUAGAUAAAAUGGGGUUGCCGUGGGAUAAACUUGUGGGACUGACAACAGAUGGAGCGCCUGCGAUGUGCGGUCAAAAAAGUGGAUUGGUGGGGAGGAUCUGAGAAAAGACGCAGGAGGAAAACGUCACAGGUGAGCUGACAGCUUAUCACUGCAUCAUACACCAGGAAUCCUUGUGUGGCAAAGCCUUGAAAAUGGAACAUGUGAUGAGCAUCAUAACACGAGCGGUUAACUUUAUCAGAGCCAAAGGUUUAAAUCACCGCCAGUUCAAGUCUUUUCUGGCGGAGUUAAGUUCAGAAUAUGGUGACUUGCCCUAUCACACAGAGGUGCGAUGGCUAAGCCAGGGAAAGGUGCUGGAAAGAUUUUUCGAGUUGCGUAAGGAGAUCUGUGAGUUCAAGGAAAGCAAAGGGAAAGACACAACAGAGCUCCGAACUAAAAAGUUUCUGUGUGAAGUGGCGUUUCUGUGUGACAUCACGAGCCACCUGAAUGCGCUCAACCUGCAGCUUCAGGGACGGGGCCGUGUCAUCACUGACAUGUACGCUACAGUGAGGGCUUUUAAAACCAAGCUGCGCCUGUGGGAGACGCAGAUGCUGCAAGAAAACUUGAGCCAUUUUCCGCACUGCCAAACAAUGAAAGAGCAGGUCACUGCCGCCGUUUUCCCAACUGCACAGUUUGCUGAAAAAUUCGGCAUACUUGGUGCUGACUUCACACGGCGAUUUGCCGAUUUUGAAGCCCGAAAAAGCAGGUUUGAACUGCUCAGUAAUCCAUUUACAGCCGACAUGGAAAGCGCACCAUCAAACCUCCAAAUGGAGCUGAUUGAGCUCCAAUGUAGUGACACACUGAAGGCAAAAUAUGAGUCUGUGGGCGCUGCAAAGUUUCCACAUUUCAUCCCCGAUACAAUGCCCCAGAAGCGCUCCCAGGCUGCUCAAACGCUCUGUAUGUUGGGCAGCACAUACUUGUGUGAACAACUCUUCUCUUUGAUGAAGAUAAACAAAACUUCACACAGGAGUCGUCUUACUGAUGAACACCUUCACUCAAUCCUUAGGAUUUCCUCAGGUCAGAGCCUCACCCCAGACAUUGAUGAACUUGUAUCCAAGAUGAGACACCAAGCAUCUGGCUCAUACCAGUGAGCAU